CGACAAGAUGGCGGAAGCGGAGUGAGCGGCUGGGCCGAGGCUGGACGAACACUGCACAGCUAUGGAGAAUGAACCAAACACAACGACGUGUUCUGCAUCUACGACUACUAUCACUACCACCUCCACUUCCCGGACCCCGCUCCCGCAGAUAUCUGUCUACAGUGGCUCUGACAGGCAUGCUGUCCAGGUUAUUCAGCAGGCCUUGCAUCGUCCUCCUAGCUCAGCUGCUCAGUACCUCCAGCAGAUGUAUGCAGCCCAACAGCAGCAUCUAAUGCUGCAGACUGCUGCUUUGCAGCAGCAGCACUUAAGCAGUACCCAGUUUCAGAGUCUGGCAACUGUACCACAGGCAAGCCUGUCAGGUGGGAGGCAAUGUACUUCCCCCACUGGGAGUGUCACUCAGCAGUCAAGCAUGUCGCAGACCUCGAUUAACCUCUCCACCUCUCCUACACCUGCACAGAUAAUAAGCCGUUCACAGACCUCCAACACCACCAGCAGCAGUAUUACCCAACAGACUAUGUUGCUGGGGAGCACCUCUCCAACCCUUAGUGCAAGCCAGGCUCAAAUGUAUCUACGAGCUCAAAUGCUAAUUUUUACUCCUGCUACCACUGUGGCUGCUGUCCAGUCUGACAUUCCUGUUGUCUCAUCAUCUUCCUCAUCUUCCUGUCAGUCUGCAGCUACUCAGGUUCAAAACUUGACAUUGCGCAGUCAGAAGUUGGGUGUGUUGUCAAGUUCGCAGAACGGCCCACCAAAGAGCAGCAGCCAGCCUCAGUCGUUGUCUCUGUGCGCUAAUAAACCUGUAACCAGUACCAAGGGCAGCCAACCAGAUCCCUCAGAGAGCAAUAGAAAAGGUGAUAGCCCAACUCCAGAGUGUCGGAGUACGCCAGUCACACGGACAUCAAGCAUACAUCAGUUAAUAACACCAGCUUCAUAUUCUCCAUUGCAACCUCAUUCUCUGGUAAAACAUCAGCAGAUCCCACUUCAUUCACCACCUCCAAAGAUUUCGCAUCAUCAGCUGAUACUGCAACAGCAGCAGCAAGUCCAGCCGAUUGCACUUCAGACUCCUUCUGGUCAGGAGCCCCCUCCGUCACAGCACUGUCUGCCACUCCCAAGCCACGGUCUUCCUCCGGGUCCCAGCAGCGUCCAGUCUCAUUGCUCACCUAUUCACAUCCAUCCUCCACCUCUAACGUUAUCUCCCACUCCAUCCCAGUCAGCUCAGCAGUCAGUAGUGGUCUCCCCUCCACCUUCUCACUCCCCUAGCCAGUCGCCCACAAUAAUUAUUCAUCCUCAAGCACUUAUCCAGUCACAGGCAAACUCCCUCGUGCCAACAGCUCUUCAGCCUGAGCAGGGCACUCCUCAGCAAACUGCUACCAACCCAGUUCGACCGAUUGCACAGCCACUUAAUCUUCCGCCGCAUCUCCCACUUCCACCCUCCCCUGCUGUACAUAUAGGAUCAGUAGAUCAGCCCAGCUUGGUUUCCUCGGGCCAACAGAUAGUGUCCUCCACACCACACCAGCAAUAUUCAGCCUUGCAGUCCACACCUAUCCCUCUUGCAGCUCCUCCACAGCUGUCAACAUCUUCAACCCAGAUUCAACAACUGCCCUUGCAGUCUGUGCAGUCGUUACAAGUGCAGCCUGAAAUUCUAUCCCAGGGCCAGGUUUUGGUUCAAAACACUUUGGUUUCUGAGGAAGAACUUCCUGCUGCAGAAGCUUUGGUCCAGCUGCCAUUUCAAACUCUUCCACCACCUCAGACUGUUGCAGUAAAUCUUCAAGUGCAGCCGUCAGUACCAAUUGAAACUCCGGUGAUUUACCAGGUGGAGAAUGUAUGUGAAGAAGAGAUGCCUGAGGAGUCUGAUUGUGUCAAUAUGGUUAGGACACCGACACCGCCAACUUUGUCCCCACCAGCCAUAACCUUGGGGAAUGGAGAGGCACUUAAUUCAGAAGAGCCUUUGUCAGACCAUGUGGGAAUUCCUUCAGUGACAUCAUCAGUCAGUGCCUCAGUAAUUAAAUCUCCAUCUGAUCCUUCGCAUGCUUCUAUUCCACCACCACCUCUUUUGCUUCCAGCAGCAACAACAAGGAGUAACAGCACGUCAAUGCCCAAUAGCAUUCCUAGUCUAGAAAAUAAACCUCCACAGGCUAUCGUUAAACCACAAAUCCUGACCCAUGUUAUUGAAGGCUUUGUGAUUCAGGAGGGGUUGGAGCCAUUCCCUGUAAGUCGUUCAUCUUUGCUGGUAGAACAGCCUGCAGAAAAAAGAUUGCUAGUGGAGGGUCAAAUCAUGAGUGUUAUGUGUGUUGAAUCAGACUUGCAGAAUACAAAACAUGCAGACAACUCAUCGGACACAGAGAUAGAGGAUAUGAUUGCAGAAGAGGGACUGGAUGAAAUUGAAAAUGAUCUUCUGAAGUGUGAAUUUUGUGGGAAAAUGGGAUAUUCUAACAAGUUUCUGCGGUCAAAACGAUUCUGCUCUACAUCCUGUGCCAAAAGGCACAGCCUUAGUUGCACUAAGAAAUUUGGGCUGUUUACAUCAGACAAGACCAAUCGUUGGAAUCGGAAAUCAGAUAGCCAAAGUCUUGGGCGACGCGGGCGUCGACCGAGUGGCCCUGAUGGGGCGUCACGAGAUCAUUUUCUUAGACAGCUUCCAGUUACUUACCCAUCCGCAGAAGAAGAUCUGGCUUCUCAUGAAGACGCUGUUCCAGCUGCCAUGACCACGCGUCUGCGAAGACAGAGUGAAAGAGAGAGGGAGCGUGAACUUAGGGAACUAAGAAUUAGGAAAAUGCCAGAGGGCAUUGACUUGUUACCAGUGGUGCAAGCAGACCCAUCAGUAUGGACUGUUGACGAAGUUUGGGCCUUUAUACAUUCUUUGCCUGGUUGUCAAGAUAUUGCAGAUGAAUUUAGAGCACAAGAAAUUGAUGGACAAGCUCUCCUCUUGUUGAAGGAGGAUCACCUUAUGAGUGCAAUGAAUAUAAAGCUUGGACCUGCGUUAAAAAUCUGUGCACGUAUCAAUUCAUUGAAAGAAUCAUAGGGCAUGAACACGAAGGUUUAAACAACAGUUUGUCUGUGACAAAACCAGCAGUAAUAUGCCAACAUCUUCACCAUGGCAUGAGUGUUACUGUGAUGUUUUGUUAAAUAUAUGGAGUUUUUCCCAC